UUCCCGGGGAGCUGGAACCCGGCCGGCAAGAAGCAAAGCCCGGCGCUGGGAACACGUGGAGGAGCCGCCAAAGCAGCAGCAGCGCCGCCCCCGGCCCGAGCGAGUCGGCUGCAGGGAGGGACAGGGAGCCGCAGCGAUGGGAGGGCCCCGCGGUGGCUGCCGCUAGAGAGUGUCUCCGAGAUGGCAAGCGUGCUGUCCAGGCGGUUGGGGAAGCGGUCCCUGCUGGGUGCCCGCAUUUCUGCGCCUCCUUUGCUGGGGGACGGGAUGCUGGUGACGGCCCAGGUCCCUCCCUUGCAGCCUUCGGAGCAUAGCAAAGGGUCUUCUCACCUGGCUGCACUGGAGGAUGGCCCCUUCAAAGAGCAUGUGGAAGAGGCUGGCAGUCCAAACCAAAGCUGGCUGGUGCUACAACCAGGCCAAAAGGUUUAUGUCUUCUACAAUGGGCAAGAAAAUGCCGCUUUGGUGGACCACCAUGACCCUGUGAAUAACGAAGUGAAAGUGUUCCUCGUGGAACAAGGGUUUCAUGUCUGCAGGAAAGCCAAGGAAGUGAGGCUGGCCGAGGCCCAGGUAUCGCCUCUCCCAGCCCUGGAGAUGGAGUAUGAGGCUCCCAUGCCGAUGGGCUACAGUGCGGUCCCCGUGGCAAUGGACCACAGUCCGACCACCACAGCAGCCAUGGAAUCUGCGCCAAGAUCAGUUUCUAGGAAUAUCGACGUGCCAAAAAGGAAAUCGGAUGCUGCUGUGGACAUGGAUGAGAUGAUGGCUGCCAUGGUCCUGACCAGCCUGUCCUGUAGCCCUGUGGUGCAGAGCCCCCCUAACAGUGAUGCCAGCAUCCCAGCCUCCCAAGCGGGGUGCGAUGUGUGGAAGGAAAGUGGCGACAUGUCUGACGGGGGGAGCAGUACCACCAGUGGCCACUGGAGCGGCGGCAGCGGCAUCUCCACCCCUUCGCCCCCCCACUCCGAGGCCAGCCCCAAGUACUCGAGCGAGGCCUUCAGUUCCCCUCGGGCGGACGACGGCUUUGAGACGGAUUCGGAUCCUUUUCUCUUUGAGGAGCCUGCUCCCCGGAAAAGAAAGAAUUCGGUGAAGGUGAUGUACAAAUGCCUGUGGCCGGGCUGCGGCAAGGUCCUCCGCUCCAUCGUCGGAAUCAAGAGACACGUGAAGACUCAGCACCUGGGAGACGGCGCCAACUCUGACCAGCGGAAGAGGGAAGAAGACUUCUACUACACCGAAAUGCAAGUGAAGGAGGAGGAGGCGGCAGCGGCGGCAGCCCCGGAGCCUGCAGGAGCCCCGGCCAGCCCCACCUCGGGCUCCCCUCCCAUUGUCAUCCAGCAGGCCCCACCCAAGCCGGAGACCCUCGUUCUGGAUCAAGCUGUCCCCUUGGAGCCCCACCUGCCCCCCAGCGCCCUCAGCCAGUCGGCCCCCAGCUCCUUUUGGCACAUCCAGGCUGACCAUGCAUACCAGGCGUUGCCGUCCAUUCAGAUACCCGUAUCGCCGCACAUAUUCACCAGCAUCAGCUGGGCUGCCGCCACGUCGACCAUCCCCACCCUGUCUCCGGUUCGAAGCCGGUCCCUGAGUUUCAGUGAGCAGCAGCCGCUGCCACCACCCCCUCCACCCAUCCUGAAAUCUCACCUGAUCGUGGCAUCUCCUCCUCGGGCACCCAGUGGGACUAGGAAAGUCCGUGGGGAGGCCAAGAAAUGCCGCAAAGUGUACGGCAUUGAGCACCGGGAUCAGUGGUGCACUGCCUGCCGGUGGAAAAAAGCAUGCCAGCGGUUUCUGGACUGAGCGCACACUCGCACUUUGAAGCAGGAAGGUCCCCAGACACACACACACGCCCCCCUUGCCAUGGGCCGGGAGCAAGGGGCCAGAACGCUUCGGCUUUGCCACAUCAGGGGCUAGUGGCCUUGGAAGUGACUCCUGGAGCUUCGGUGGAGAUUUCGAGAGCCACGCUUUCAUCCUGAGCUCUGUACAGGCUGGGUCUGCCAGUUUUUCUAAUUUUCCAUGUUUUGUGGGGAUGUUUUUUAUACAUUGUUCCUUUUUUAAAAAAACACACAAAAAGCCUCUAUUUGUAAAUAAGAGAGGCAACGUGGGGGAAAGGAGCUCUUGUUUUGAUAUAUCACAUAGACUUCUUUCUUGGGGGGUCCAGGGACCAAAGAACUUUGAACUGUCCCCUCUAUAUGCGGAUAGGGUUUGGGAUCAGGGGUUGCAAUAUGGCGCCUAGGAAUGUCCCUCCCACCUCUCCCAAAUUGCUUGACUAUCUAGGAAGUGCACAACUCAGGCACGAGGGGAGCGGUAGGCGAGUAAAUAACUUGUUGAUGUUUGCGCACCAGCACAGGAACUAGCAGAUUGCACCCCUUGAGUGUGUAUGCGUGCAUGAGUGCAGGCUUUUUAAAAACUGAACAGACACUGUCGGGAAAACAAUCAUAUUUGCAUUAAACAACAAUCAAAUGAGUGCUUGUGGGCUUUUUUAAAAACUGGAAACCACCAUGAAUGUUUGGAAUUUUAAACUAUUUUGCUGACUCCCCCCCCCCGCCCAACUUGCUGUUUGUAGUGGUGGGGAAAGGAAAAUAUUUGAAAUAUUUUAAAAAUAUUUUGCUCCUCCCGCCGACACUGUUGGGGUUGGGGAAGGAAAACCAAAACUUGCUUGAAUUGGCAUGAAAGGUGAAUUCAGUCGAGGGCUUCUGUACAGAGCAGUUUAGGGGUGAUUGACUUGUUGGUGUGUUGCAAGGCACACUUGCCCUGUUGGAGGUGCAGUGGGACCGCCUGGGGGUUUCCCUUGCAACACAUGGUGCCUAUUCUUAUUUUUUGAAGCGGUCUGGUGUAACACUUGGAUCCAUUCCUUGCAUUAUAUGGCAGCACACUAUAGUUUGCCACUGAGUGCACGUUUAACUCUGCAGCUGAUCCUGGCUCCCAGUAUGAUACACAGCCAUUCCACAUGUCUGAACGGAGCAUGCACAUAUUAUUAUUAUUAUUAUUAUUAUUUUUAGGGCUACCUGUAAGGUAUAACAUGUGAAGCAGCCCUGGGGCUGGAGUAGGAAUAUGGCCCUGAGGCACUGCUCUGCUUCUUGGAGUAAGACAGUGUCUUGUUGGUUAGCCCCCGAAAGUCAAAAGGAAAAGGUUUCCAAAAGGAAAAAUGUGCCUGUCUGUGUGUGCACGGCCUAUUUGGCAGCUCCACGGAUGCUCUAAUCACAAGAGGAGCAAAGAAAUCGUGGUGCCAAAUACUAGAGCCAUCGUCGUGGCCCCGAAUGCUUCUUGCUGGCUUUUCCAGGGAAGCCCAAUUGCACCAGCCGUCCAAGCAGGAUGCGACCCAAGAGCUGUGCCCCGGAUCCCUUGCAGUGUGGCAGAGCAGGCCAAAGCACACUUCCACAUCACGAGGGGCGGCUUCUUGGGGUGACCUUUCUUGGCUCUGCUCUUUUGUGAGCUGCUCGAAGAGUCUCUCGCCCUGAGAAAAGAGCUCUCGAGACAUGCAGCCGGACAAGACCGAGGAAGUGUCCUACGAAUGCUGACAGUACCACUGUGAGUUUGGUGUGGAGUUUAACCUCCUUGCUGGACAUGGUAGUGUGCAAAGUAGCCUCAGGUUUUGAAUUUGAGAUGUAAAAUUUCCAGAAGAUCUGAAGCCAUAGGGGGCAAAAGCUCUGAUUGUUUCUCAGAAAAAAACCCCAGACAUUUGGAGGGGGGAGAUGAAAUUAUAUGCAGCUUUCUUAUCAACCCUAAAUGUAUUUGCAUAUCAAAGUGGAACACCUAUGAAAUAUAAAACCAUACCCUUAAUAUUAUUCAAACAAAAACUACAAAUAGAUCCAGUUAGAGAUGGAGCUGUGAGAUGCUUCCCCCUUAGAUACUUAAGUAUAACUUAAUUUUACCAGCUGGCUUUUUUAAUUUUACCAGCUGGGGACACAGAGAAUGAAAUAAAAGUUGAAAAAAGAAACUGUCAACCUUCUAGUAAACAAAAGGAACUCUUUAUUUUCUGAGCUUUGAGGUGGUAUUUUUGCAUACAGAAACAGAAGAAACUCAUAUCUUUAGAGAAAAGACUCAGAAAAUAAACAUGCCUAUAAUAAAGGUGUAUUGUCCAGAUAUGUUUCUGCGCCAUUUGAAAAUAGUAUCCCAGUGUCAUCCUAAGAGUGUUGCUUGUUUAGCAUACCAAAUAAAAUGCAGUCGCAGUGCUAUUACUGCUCACAUUGCUAUCUUUGGCAUCUUGCAUCUAAGAAAUUUGAAUCUAAGGGAGACAUGUGAAUUGGCUGUAACAAUAUUUUUUGAAAGCUCCACUCUAAUUUUACUCUUUAUUCUGCAACAACAACAACAAAAAUCGUAGACACACACACACACCAGUCCAAUGUCCAGUUUUUCCAUUUCAGGACUUGGAAAAGCAGUGUUUGUGUUUUCCUGGCUUCUUUUCUGGGUUUUUACAUGUCUCAUUCCAAAGAGCUCUAACUAUCGUACAGCCUAUAUGCAGUGAGAGGGCCAGAGAUGGGACUUGCCUGCCCUCCCAUUCUGACCACACUUGUCCUGCUUUAGUGAUAAUGCUUGCGUAUGGCAAGUUUACAAAUGUAAUUCUAAUGCAUGUAGGAUUGAAUCAAGUAGUUAUUGCUUUGAUUUUCUGCAGAUUAACAAUUAUGCAGUUUGGCCUAUGCAACACUGGGAUUUUUAGGGCUGCAGUGAUUAAUCCAUUUUUUAAAAUUAAAAACAACAACACGCUUUUGAUUGAUGAAAAAGGUGCCCCCAGUUUUCCCCAGCAUAUUUUAAUUCUUUUUUAAUGCAAGCAUUUAUAAAAACUAAAUAUUAUGGCAAUGCACCAUCUUAAAAGAUGCCGUUACCCCUUUUUUUCUCACAAACAAAAGAAAAAGGCACGCAGCAAAUGUGCACAUCAUCUAAAAGCAGAGAGUGCUCUUUAAAAUUCAGAAUUAUUGCUUUGCUUGCAGGCAAGUGCAUGCACAUUUAAUCAGUCAAUUCAACUGAGUGAGGCUUCAUGCAAAAGUUAUGUCCAACAUGUGGACAUCUGGUGAGCCCAGAGGUGGUCCAGGCUUCUGCAGUUGGUGGGGUGAGUGCAAAUCCCCCCCACGCUCAGCAGUGCCGUAGUUGGACCUCAUUCAAACCAGCCCUUCAAGCAUCAUGGCAGAAGUUUGCACUCAGUCUUGAUAAAAGUGCUAUGCCCCCCAGUUGUGGGUGCAACACUGCUCCAGCAGAAGACCUCAUGGGUGCCAUUGCAUUUGGUGGCUGUCGUCAAGACAGAUACACCCAGCACCGUUUUGUUAAUGAGCCAUCAUUUCGAGCGAUGGGGAAACGGCUCUGUCAAUUCCUAAAGCCAUACUGUGUGGCUGGCUUUGGUUUUCCAAAUCUAAAAUGGCAGCUACAAUUAUCUGUAUUGGGGGUGGCCAACCUGAGGCUGCCCAUUGCAGCUAGGGAUGAUGGGAGCUGUAGUCCAACUACAGCUGGGCAGCAUAAGGCUGACCCCCCCGAUCCAUAUGGUGCAGAGUGUACAACAGAGGUAGUAGUAGCAGUGGUGAUGGUGGUAGAAUAGGGGCAGUUUAGGAAGAGUUUGAACUGUUGGAGAGUCCCCGGUGUGUUGAUAAUCAUGAGCCAUAAACUAAAGACACAAACCUCUCCUUGUGAAAUAGCAACUGAACCAUGUGGCCUGGGGAGUUAUGGAUUCCUUCUAGAAAAAUGUGAGCCCUGUUUUGCUUUAAGGGUACUGGGAUGAGGUUGGGUAGGGCAGUUGAAAAAGGAGUUUAUGUACAUUUUUGGUGCUUGUUGAAAUUGUGGGGUUUUUCGUUUGUUUGUUUUUUGUAUCUUUGUGUAUAAAAUGCAUUGUAUGUUGGAGCUUUGUUUCCCCCCAGCCUGGGCUUUUGUUGAGUUCUAAACUGGUAGAAUCCAAAUGGACCUUGUUAAGCCUUUGACUAGAGGUCAGGUGAAUCGGAAUGCUAAAAUUUGAUCUUGGAUUUCUGCUGUUCGAGUUUUGAAUGUGGAAUUUGGGGCUCUGUGAACACUUCUAUUUAAAAUUUCAUGAGUAUGGGAAGGAUUCUUGGGUCUUCCAGUAAUUGUAAGAUUUUGAUUACAGUGGACAACAUCCAGAUUACAGUUGGUUAUGACCAAGCACCAUUGAAAUCAAUGAGACAAGUUAGUCCUGACUAACUUAAGUCCCAUGAUUUUCGUUGGGGCUUGGUCAUGGCGAAGUUAGUCUGGAUGGUGCCCAUUCCUCAUAAGUAGACCAGAAAAGGUCCAGCAUCCUGUUUCCAGGAUGACGUUGGAAACCUGAUGCGCACCCCCACCCCGAAAUACUGUUUCUUACUAUUGUAAGUUUAGGGGAAAUCAUCAGAUUGCCAAUUGGGACAGAAAUGGCUAUCCUGUCCUUUCCUCCCCAUCCCUGACAUUCAGUGAAUGCUCCUCGUCUCUUCCAUUUCAGUGGGCUGUUGGGGGAUGUUGAGACAGGAACUUCUGGAGCAAAGCCCCGCUUGGCUUGCCCUGCCAGACCCCACUCAGUGCCCUGAAAGAGCAAUAAGGGGCUGGCGAGGUGCCCCUGCGUGUGCCACAAAGGCAGACUCCAAGGGCUUCUAAACCAUCGGGGUUGGCAGCUGGAGGCGCCAGAGCCAGACCUGACCCUCUGAGGAGAGGCAGUGGUCUUCUCCAGACCUCAGGAGAGAGAUGUGUGGACUGGAGCUUACUGGGGGUUGGGCCUCCAGGACUUUCUGGCCACCCAAUUUGCAGAAGCGGCUCGGUCCACUGGCUUCCUUCCCUCCUUAGCACAGCCUUCCCCAUAAAACUAGUUGCGGAAGAGAGGCUCUUGGCUAGAUGCAGGGUCUCCUGGGUUCCGUGGCUUCUUGCUCGGAUUCUUGCUUCCCUCUCUUAGGGAGUAUCCAGCCACGGCCUGUGUAUCCAGCCACGGCCUGGGGAUGAGAGGGAGGCCUGCACAUUUCCCAGCCUGUCCCAUCCGGUGCAGGUACUGUAGGGCUGCUGCCUGCUCAGAGACCUCUUGCAGGUCCACGCCCACGAUGUCACUGGUGGGGUCUGCUCAGGCUGCGAGAGGCCUUGGAUUUAGUCUUUGCUGCAAGUAGCCACUUUGGGAGCAAAGGGCUGCUUGAGUGGUGCAGAGGGAAGGUCCCAGCUCAUGAGCCACACUCCUGGCCUGCAUCGAGGCCCCUUUUGUCUCAUGUUUAAAGAUAAGCUGUUGCUGCCCCGAGAUUCUGGAAUGCACUCCCUGCUGUGAAAUAGCAGCCUCCCCAUCUCCGACAACUUUUUAAAAGUCUCUAAAGACUAAUUCUUUCCACCUGAGCUUUUUAACUGGAUUGUGGUUUUAAAUUGUUUUAAGCUUUUCUGUGUUUUAUAUUGUAAGCCGCCCAGAGACAGAAGUUUGGGGUGGUCUACAAAUUUGGAAAGUAAACAAAAGAGCCGCUUCUGGUCUACUUCCAGGUGAAGGGCAUCUUCUAAAGAUGCAGUCAGCCUCCUCAUGUGUAGGAUGGCACAAAGUGGACCAGGACUUCUCUUCCCAACCCCACCUUUUUGAAUCAACGUUUCUUCCCAAAUGAACAUCUCUAAGUGGUUGCUUCUGUUCCCCAGUCCUCUGGGGCAGCGUGAAGGGAAGGGGGAUCUUCUCCUAGGACCAUGGCAGUCCACAGCUGACUCCACUUCUUCUGAGUGGGUGCUGCAGUGCUCAGUGGGAGAGGAAAGCAGCGUCCCACAAAAGGUGGUCUCCUUGGUCCUAGGCCCUCUCCUGAAAGCGGGCAGGCUGAGGGUGGAACGUGUGUGGGGUGCAGCUUCAGGAUGCCAAGUCAGACUUGCAUAGAUUUGCCCACUUUGUGUUUUGCAGAGGGAGUAAUUUUACAGGGUGGCAAAGGAAGUCCCCUGCCACUAUUUCGACACUAUUUAUUUUCCAAGCCAAGACCCUGGAUGUUCAGUUUUGUCAUCGACUUGCACUGACGCACACCCUUGGCUGAAAAAUAAUAAUGAAUAAUAAUCGUAUAUGUCCCAAAAGGCAACAUUCAGAUUUGAAAAUGUAGCACGUUUUACUGCUGAAUUUCUGCAUUUCAAAGAACUUCUGCUUUCUAUUGUGAUAAACAGUCCCCUAGUUUUGAAGCAGCUGGGGCGGUCCUCAGGUCAGAGCACACACUCUGCCCAUGAGGAAUGACAAGUUCUCUGCCUUGGUUCCCCAGAUGUUCUAGGCUACAGUAGUUGAAGGGCUGAUGGGAGCUUAGUCCAGUAACAUCUAGGGAACCAGGUCAAGAGGUCCUGGUUUAUGGGUUUCCAUUCCUGAUUCAAAACAGUGGAGAUUGAAUGACUUUUGUUUUCUCCUGUUGUGAAAAAGCUCCCUCCUCCUUUUGUGCCCCUGGAACCUCUGGAGGAGAAAUUCACAGUGGAUCAACCCAAUAAGUCUAUGAUUUGCCAGUCACUUUCUCUAUUGACAGAAGCCUGGGUUUUGUGCUGAAACGGAGAAGGCCACAUCCAGACCGGUUAAGCCUGGCCAGGUACCACUGAAAUCCAUGAGACAUGUUAGUCAUGGCUAACUUACUUAAGUCUCAUUAAUUUCAAUGGGAUGCAGUCAUGGCUAACUUGGUCUGGAUUAUGUCCAGAGAGAACUUUAACGUUUGCUUAAAAAGACAAGCACAGAAACAUGAUUAACAAGGGGGGAAAGGGAGAAAUUGUAAAAAGGACUUUGGAAUAAGCAGUCCGGUGUUUGAAGCAUGUGGGGUCUGGUGUUGCCUUGCUGAGCUGUGCGUUGUGGCAUGGUGCGAUUCUGCAGUUAGCGAGUUAUCUAAGGAGCACGUGCCAUUUGGUGAUACAUCGAGGGGACAAGGCAUCACCAAAGAGCUCUGGAUGCUUCCCAGCUUUGCUCAAAUGCCUCGUUCCAAAAUUUAUAGCACUUAAUUUUGGAAAGUGAAAAGAAAAGCUAAUCUUGCAUAGGAAAAUAUAUUUGUUCAGUAUUUUUAAAAGGUCUUGUAUACACGGGAUAAGGAUCCCCUACCCGCUUCCUUUUACACUUCAUUUUGUGAGCUGUGUGGUACAAGUUAGACAGGAGAUUAUAUGUCAGGGGUUUUAUCUGUGUCUUUUAUACCUUGCUUUAGGAAAUCUUUGGUAACAGUCACCCUAUUCCUGUGAAACUGGGAAGGAUGUUGUUUUAGGAAGUAUCUUUUUUUUUUGCCUAUAUACCUAAGGGGUGCAGUCCUGCUCCUCCUAUGCAGAGGGUAGUGUGCCUUAGAUCUCAGAAUGCAGGAGAUGAGAGACCAGGGAAAAGUGAUGAGAGGUGGGAACGGAGUGGAGGUUGCAGCUUGGCAUGGCCUGAUCCUAGUAGCAAUCAGUCCUAAUGAGCCGUGUGUGUGUGUGCCAAUGGGGGAAAUUGGGUUGCUCCUUUACCCUUUGGAUGGCCUGCAGGCUGGCCAUUCAUCAGGUAGAUGUAUGCGGUUAACCAUGCAGCUCUACCUGACAAAUGGCCAGCCUGCAGGCUGCGUGUGUGUGAGUGAGAGAGAGAGAGAGAGAGAGAGAGAGAGAGAGAGAGGAGCAACUCAAGAGCAUAAGAACAGCCCUGCUGGAUUAGGCCCAAGACCCAUCUAGUCCAGCAUCCUGUUUCACACAAGGGCCCACCAGAUGCCUCUGGAAGCCUGCAGGCAAGAGUUGAGGGCAUGCCCUCUCUCCUGCUGUUCCUCCCCUGCAACUGGUAUUUAGAGGCAUCUUGCCUCUUUGGCUGGGGGUGGCCUAUAGCCCUCAGACUAGUAGCCAUUGAUAGAUUUGUCCUCCACGAAUUUAUCUAAGCCCUUCUUAAAGCCAUCCAGGUUGGUGGCCAUCACCAUAUCUUGUGGCAGAGAAUUCCAUAGGUUAAUGAUGAAAAAGUACUUCCUUUUGUCACUCCUAAAUUUCUUGGCAAUCAGUAAAAUUUCUCUCUCUCCACACCAUGCAUAAUUUUAUAAACCACCCCCAACGAAAAAGCCCCAGGUGUUGUAGCCUCGCCUCAUAAGAAAGGUGCUCCAGGCCCCUGAUCAUCUUGGUUGCCCUUUUCUGCACCUUUUCCAUUUUCUAUAAUGUCCUUUUUUAGAUGUGGUGACCAGAAUCGUACGCAGUACUCCAGGUGUGGCCGCACCAUCGUUUAGUCUAAGGGAAUUAUGAUAUUAGUGGUUUUAUUUUCAGGCCCCUUCCUGAUGAUCCCUAGCAUGGAAUUGGCCUUUUUCACAGCUGCCGCUCAUGGAGUCAACACUUCCAUUGAGGAGCUGUCCACCACGACCCAUAGUGCCGCUCUGGCUCAUUAGGACCAGCUGCUAUUGCCAAUUCCUCCGUUCCCUCUUUCUGGCCACUUGGGGGCCCCAAUGCAGGCUAUCCUCUGCAUAGGGGGAGAGGAUUCCACCAUCCCGUGUGAUGGAGGGAGAUCACAUUAACCCGGAUUUCUAUUCAGCGCUAACUUGAUAGAAGCCAGGAGACAUCCGUUCUACCAACUCCUUCCUCAAAAACGUCGGGUUUUUGCGUCUUUGGAAUGUCGAGAGAUCCGUUUAACCCAUAAUUUCUGAGCCGCCAGAUUUGAUGGUCGAUAAUUGAGCCACACAGAGAUUAUCCAUUAUUUCCUCAUAGGAAAUAAACUGAACAGGGAUGGGGGGGGGGUGGAAUUGCCAUUUCCCUCCUCCUGUACCUUCAACAAUUUUUACUCCUCUGAAUUUCCCUCUGUCUUGGUGAGGCAGGAGGGGAAACUGUCCUCCGUGUUUAGGUUGGCUUUCUUUCCCACCCUGAGUUUCCUGUCCCCUUUGAAUGUGGUGGUUCCUCUGCUUCUUCCCACUGGUCUUGCAUAGAACUUGAGCCUUUCUGUAGUGGGAAGAAGGUCCCCGCGUACCCCACCUCCAUGCAUCCCUCCAUGGUCCAGGUUGGAGAAGCCACCUGCCUGAUUACAGCUACCCAAAUUGCAUGCUGCUGAGAGAGCUUUUCUUUUAACCUUUUAAAGAUGCAGGCACAUUUGGUUUCUUUCUAGAACAGAGGUUCCCAACCUGGGGGUGGGGGCACCAGAUGUUGCCGAACUACAACUCCCAUCAGUCCCAGCUGGGGCUGAUGGGAUUUGUAGUUGAGUGACAUCUGGCGCCCCCCCCCCCCAGGUUGGGAACCCCUGUUUUAGAUCAUCACCCAAGCUGCAGAUGCAAACCAUCAUUCUUGCAUCCUGCUCUCUGUUAUCUCGGGGUAAAAGGCUGACUCGUGAGUCUUCACCUGUGUCUUGAAAAUGUAACUUGAGCUGAAGACUCUCGCAUGUACCACUUUUGGCUGAUUUCCUUUUGUGGGGGGCAGUGGGGAGGGCGGGGUUGGAUUUUGUGCACAUGUAUAUAAGAUCUUUUUUACUAGGCACUAACUGGAGGCUGUUUUUUCUAUUCUUGCUAUGCACUGUUAAACUUUGUGUUCGAUGGGAGACUGGAACCCAAAUGGGGAAGACGUAACUACAUUGUGCAGAAAACCAGCACUUUUGACCCCCAUCAGACAUUAUUUAGCCCACUCCAACCCAUUUAAGCCCCUCUUGCAAAAACAGCAAAACAGCUUUCCCACCCCCAGGAGAUUGGCUGUGGGAGAUGCCCAAGGGCUCACAUGUGUGUUUGUAAGUGCGUGUAUGCACAAGUUGUAUGCCCUGUUGUGCACUGCGCGUACACACACACACACACACAGAGCUCAGCCUCUAAGAUGAGCUCAUGUUCUGUUUGCACAGAUGCAAGCCUCUUCCCCUCACAUUCAGUAAAAAUAUGUACUCUGGUGCAGGGGCUUUGGGGGUGGGGAGAAGGAGCAAGGUUCAUCACCAGCAUUUCCCCCUUCUUCAAAAGAGCCACAGAAGGGGGGGGCGGGGGGAGGCAGGGCCAGAGCACCUCACUUUUCCUUCUGCAGUGCUAGCAAAUGAGAAUCACACUAGCCAACCUGGAGGUUCAAGUUACUAGUCCUCUUUAACUUCAGUGUGAUGAGAUCUCCACCAUUAGGUUAAUGCAGCUUAACAGUUUUGUGGGCUUGGUUGCUAGGGAGUGUGGUGGGAGACAAUCCCCUCGAGCACUCUGCUUCCUUAGAUGUUUUGAAUUGGAAGAGUGCAGUGGGGUGGGGUGGGGGGAAGGAGGAGGAAAAGGUUGUAAUUUGCUAACUGCCGCCCUUUGGAAGGUGACACACCAUCAAGUCCAAGUGAGGAGGAAUAUAUCUUAUCGGUGAGUUACUGUCUAAUUGGAGCUUUUCUUUUUGAUUGUCUUCCAAGUAUUAUUUUUUAUUGUAAACAAAAAAAAAUGUGAAAUGUAAUUUUUACAACAGCAAUAUGGAAUAUAUUUUAUAAUAAAAUUAUAUGGCCUGAUAA